AUGUCGCCUACUUCGUCAGUGCCUACUACACCAUCUACAAGCUCUUCACUGGCCCCACCUAAAAAAGCCAUCACCCAGAAUCCUCCGCCCCUCCGAGCAGAUGCCAGUUUUCAAGACUUUCAUAAGACCAUAGAAGAGGUGUUGGAUGUGCUACAAGCUCAUGUGAAGUGUCUACGAAAUAAAGCUCAUUGCAGAAGAGAACUUCUAAGCUGUGAGCAGUUAGAGGGAGAAACAUUCUCAGAUUUUUAUGUUCGGCUUAAACACGUCACCGAGGAAGUGGAAAUUUGCCCUGGGAAUUCAUCAAUAUGUGAAGAGACUCAACUCAAGAUUAUAAUUCUCAUGGGAAUUAAAGAUGAGGAAUUAAUGCAGAAACUCUUCUCCCUCAAAGCCACAGCCUCACUACAGGAGGUUGUUAAUACCUGCUGCUCAUAUGAGGCUGCCAGGAAGGCAACUUCUGCUAUUCGUUCCCCACCUUCUAAACUGAGUGCCAUCUCUUCGUACAAGAAACAGAAAGGACACGCAAAAACUUAUGCUUCAGCUCCAGCUUCCAAAUCUGUUGUUCCCUGUGAGAGUUGCGCACAUACACACAGUUCUUCGGAUAAGUGCCCAGCAGCUGAUAGUAAUUGCACGAACUGUGGUUAUUGA